AUGUCGUUGGACGACAACCGUCGGUCUCCAUUGUACAAGCAAAUAGCGCAGUACGUUUCAAGGGCAGAACAACUGAAAGAUGCAACUAAAGUGGAGCGUCGAAUCGAAGCGAACAGUGUGGGCCACGGCUAUGACAAGAUCUUUGGUAGAUGUCUAGAUGACAAGCUGACCGCCGUUAGCGUUCAAGACGCUUAUGUCUGCGCACACCAUCAGAUUCUGAAUUUUGUGCGAUUUUGUGAACUUGUUGUUGGCAAUGCUCCAAAUAUUCGUUUGCAUUACUUUGCGCACUGGAUGGAGGCGCGAAAUAACCAGGUUGCUUUCGACGAGCUAACCCAGAGCUUGGAGAAAGUCAACGUCGUUCUCAAAUUCAACGAUUACAAGGCUGAACUGUUCAAAGAAGCUGAACGUAUUGUCAUGGAGGAGUUCCCCAAGAAGGUGAUCGAGUACAACAAUCUGUUGCAGACUCAUCGCUUUUCUUAUUCUCGACUACCGGAGAUGAUGCCCGAUCCAGAUUUGAACAUUCCUGUCCCUUGCGUGGCACACCUGAACGAUCUACAAAACGAUGUCGAUGGAGAUGCUCCCGCGGCAAAGAAGCGUAAGCUUGCGACUUUUGAUCCAAGCUCUAACAAUGGCACUCCCGUAUACGGCUUCAUCAAUGGCACCGUGCCUUGUAACGCACAUCUGGCCGACCUAAUGGAUCAGAUCCGUCCGCUAUUGCGAGAUGCUGUGGAGAACGUGAACAAGGUGAAAAUGUGGAUCACUCUGUUGAUCCCUCGCAUCGAAGAUGGAAACAAUUUUGGUGUAUCGAUCCAGGAGGAAACUCUCAGUGAGGUUCGUAAUGUUGAAAGUGAAGCAGCCUCGUUUCUGGAUCAGAUGAGCCGGUACUUUACAAGCCGUGCUAAGCUGCUGACA